AUGCCGUACAUCCCCGCCGUCGGCGGCUCGUCGCUCCCCAUCCUCUCAUGGUACGGCUCCUUCCGCGCGUUCAAGCACGCCUCGGAAAUGAUCCAGGAAGGCUACGACAAGUACAAAGGCGGCAUCUUCAAGUACCCCGAGCUCGCGUUCUGGCGCGUCGUCGUCACCAGCCCGCGUGAGAUCGAGGAGGUGUGCCGCGCGCCAGAGAGCGUGCUCUCUUUCGCCGAGGCUGCGAACAGCUCGGUGCAGAUCGAGUACACGCUUGGGCCGAACGUCCAUCACAACCCGUACCACAUCCCGCUCAUCCAGUCGCAGCUCACACGCAACAUCGGCCGCGUGUUCCCGGAGAUCAUGGACGAGGUCGUCUCGGCGUUCAAUGACGAGGUGCCGAUCAAGGGCGACGAGUGGAUCAAGGUCCGCGCAAAAGACGCAGUGAUACAGAUCAUCUGCAGGGAGGCGAACAGGGCAUUUGUCGGGCUGCCACUGUGUCGGAACCAGGACUUUUGCGAUCUGAACAAGACGUUCACGUACGAUGUCAUCCUCGCCGCCCUUAUCAUCAAGGUCUUUCCCCGCGCGCUGAAACCAUUGGUAGCAAAGUUCAUGACGAACGUGCCCGCUGCCAUCCAGCGCGGCGUGAAUCACCUCGAACCGCUCAUCCUCGAGCGCUUCCGCAUGAUCGAGCAACACGGAAAAGAGUGGGCGGACAAGCCGAACGACAUGUUGCAGUGGCUGAUAGACGCGGCAGAGGGCGAGGAGCGCGCGGUGCGCCCGAUAGUGCUGCGCGUCCUCUCGGUCAACUUUGCUGCGCUACACACGACGUCGACGACGUUCACACAGGCGCUGUUCUACCUGGCGACGCAUCCGCAAUACAUCGCCCCGCUGCGUGAAGAAGUCGACGCGAUCGUCGCAGAGGAAGGAUGGACAAAAGCCGCGAUGGGAAAGAUGCGGCGCGCGGACAGCUUCCUCAAAGAGGUGCACCGUGUCACCGGGCUGGGAGCUUGGUCGAUCAACCGAAAAGCUGUGCAAGACUUCACGUUCUCGAACGGGACGGUGAUCCCUGCAGGGACGUACGUCGCGGCGUCGGCGCGCCCGAUCCACCUCGACGAGGAGAACUACGAGGACUCGCUCGAAUUCAAGCCGUGGAGGUUUGUGGACGUCGAUGGAGGCAAGCAGCACCUGAUAAGCACCGCCGAUAACUACCUGACGUUUGGACACGGCAAGUUCGCGUGUCCGGGGCGGUUCUUCGCGGCGAACGCGCUCAAGGCGAUGCUUGCGCACAUGGUGUAUAUGUACGAUAUAAAGAUGGAAGACGAGAACGUGAGGCCAGAGGAGCUGUCGAGCUGGAUCGUCGCGUCGCUCGUGCCGAACAGGAAGGUGGAGGUGAUGUUCAGGAAACGGCAGGCAUGA